GCUUUGGGGCAUAGAGUCGGGACGAAACUCUGUUAUAGAUACAGGAAGUUCACGCGACGGCGUUGCCGGAUCGCUGGAAAUCCCAAAACUUCGCCGCCAUGAACGCAUGUAAUUGUUGUAGUUGUAAGGCGAAAGCUCCCCAGCGAAAGGACCGACCGAAAGCGAAGCACCAGCAAGAAGAAGCACCAUCAGCACCAUCAGCAGGACCAUGAAAGUGGCAGCAGUGGCAGUGGCAGAGGCAGCAGCAACGAACGUGAACUCGGGCACAUUUUUUUCGCUCCACUCUACGCUCCAUCAAAAAGUGAUACACACGGAAAAAUAGCCAGCAUUCAUUCACCGAAUAUACCGAGGCAAGGAGCACGGCCGCCAUCCCAAAGAAAUCGAAAACAGCAUAUAAUUAAUUCAAAUAAUUAAUCGCUCUAAUUAAACUUUGAGUUGCAACCGAGGACUUUGACUUUUUGUUUGUGUGUGUGUCUGUGCGUGCGUGCAGCUGUGAGCUAAGAAAACGGUACAAGAAAUAAUACAUAUACAUAUAUACACACACACGUACGUCCAUUGCAAUUCCGUUCGUGUGUGUGUGUGAAUGUGAGUGCGUGUGAGUUAGUUUAGGGGCCACGUGAAGGCGAAGGCGCGCAACAACAGCGGCCGAGGAAGCGGGACAGGAACAGGCAGGCAGCAGCAGGAGCGCUAGCCUCGCAGAGGGGGCGGAGGCGGAGACGGCGACGGAGGAUAGAGAAAGUGACAGUGCUGGCGAAAAAGCGAAAACCGAAAGUGAAAAGUAAAUCGUGGCGGAGGAGGCGCGCGUGUUGAGGAAACAGGAUCUUUCGGCCGUAAACUGUUGAAUAUAGAAUGACGUUGCAGACAAAAAUCAAUGUGAAGCAUAAAAAAGCAACAGAAGUCGAAGCAGGAACAACAUCAGAAUCAGUAGCAGAAUCAACAACACGAGCCUCAACUCUGCGCCGCUUACUUAUUUAAAGCGUGAAAGAGCUAGCGAGAGGCGGACUAACGGUGUCCAGUUAACAGUAACAAGUCAAGUGCAACAGCGAGCGAACAAAAACAAGGAUAAAGAAAUCCAAAAAAAAAAGGAAGAACGGAAACAAAGAGUAACAUCUCCUGCUCUUUUAUCGCCACUCCACUCGCACUACCACCCAUUCCCACGCUCUGCCCCACUCUCACUCUCUUUGGGUUAAAAGAGCUGCGAAUUUGAUAACUGUUGAAAGAGGAAGUGGAAGAGGAAGCACAAGCAGGACGAGAUGAAGCCGUCGGAUUUGUUGUUGGUGCUAGAGAAGGUCAAGUUCAGGGUGCCACUGCCACCAGGAGUCAGCUCAACGACGCUCCUGCCCAAGCUCAUCCGCACCAAGGAUGUGAAGCAGCUGCAGGAUGGCAACGCACAACCACAGAAGCCAAAGCUAACGAAAUGUCUCAACACCCUGGACCUGACCUCCUUGGGCAUCGGCUCCUGUUGCGGAACGGGCAUGUACCUGGUGGCCGGCAUGGUGGCCCAAAAAAUAGCAGGACCCGGAGUGAUUAUUAGUUUUAUUAUAGCCGCCAUAGCGAGUAUUUUCUCAGGAGCCUGCUAUGCGGAGUUUGGCGUUCGUGUGCCACACACAUCCGGCUCGGCCUAUAUGUAUUCAUAUGUGGCGGUUGGAGAAUUUGUAGCUUUUAUAAUUGGUUGGAACAUGAUAUUGGAAUAUCUAAUAGGAACAAGUGCCUGUGCCUGUGCGUUAAGUUCUAGUUUCGAUUCCCUUACUGGCAACGCCAUUGCGCGAACGAUAAGCGAGUCCAUCGGCACGAUAUUCGGUAAACCUCCGGACUUUAUUGCCUUUGGCAUAACGCUGCUAAUGACCUGCGUCCUGGCAAUGGGCGCCAGUAAGUCGGUCAUCUUUAACCACUCGCUGAACGCCAUUAACCUGGCCACGUGGGUGUUCGUUAUGGCCGCCGGUCUCUUCUAUGUGGACACGAAGACGUGGUCGGAGCACCAGGGCUUCCUGCCCUACGGCUGGAGCGGUGUGUUCUCCGGUGCUGCCACCUGCUUCUAUGCAUUUAUCGGUUUCGACAUCAUCGCCACCACCGGCGAGGAGGCCCACAACCCCCAGAAGAGCAUACCCAAGGCCAUUGUGGGCUCGUUGGUUGUUGUUCUUAUCGCCUACGUCAGUGUUAGCCUGGUCCUUACCCUAGUAGUUCCCUACGAUCAUAUUAACACGGGAGCCGCCCUGGUCCAGAUGUGGUCCUACGUGAAUGCCCCCAAGUGCCGCGCGGUGGUGGCCAUCGGCGCCACAGCCGGCCUCUCGGUGGCCAUGUUCGGCUCCAUGUUCCCCAUGCCGCGAGUCAUCUAUGCCAUGGCCCAGGACGGCCUGAUCUUCAGGCAACUAUCGCAACUGUGGCAACGCACCAACGUACCCGGCCUGGCGACGAUUGGAAGCGGACUGGCGGCAGCCCUGGUGGCCCUCACCAUUCGCCUGGAGAUCCUCGUCGAGAUGAUGUCCAUCGGCACUCUGCUGGCCUACACCCUGGUGUCCACCUGUGUCCUUGUGCUGCGCUACCAGCCGCAUAGCACCUCGCUGGUGGAGCUACUGCCGGCUCAGCUGCGCACCCCUGUAGCGCCCGGAACCGCCAGUGAUUCCCGCGCCCACAUCACGCCAGCCGAAGUCCUGGAGGUUCCCGGCAAGCUGACCAUCAAGCGAGUGACCCGCGGAAUGUCCGAUUCGGACGACUCCUUCAUAGACGACAGUCCGGAGGGCUUUCUGGGGGGCCGGGAUGAUCAGUUCCUGGUGUCUGACCGAUCAGAGAACAAGUUCUACGGCAGCGUUCACGGAGCACCGACUGGGCCCACCGGACAGGCCACCGCCUUCGACACCAUGGGCCUGAACUUUGUAACCCGGAAGAUUCACGACUAUGCCUACCUGUGUCCCGGCUUCUUUCCCUGGAUCAAUCCCGGACAAGCCACCACCGAAAGCGGUAUGUACGUCACCAAGCUCGUGGGCAUCAUGUUCGGUCUCAUAUUCUUCCUGGACUUGUUCGCGGCCAUUGGCUGGUCCGGAGGGCUGGCCGCUUUCGUCUACAUCGUUUUGUUUAUGGGCAUAUUUGUGAUACUAUUGAUUAUAUCACGGCAGCCGCAGAAUAGAUAUGCGCUGGCGUUCCUUACCCCCGGACUUCCCUUCAUUCCGGCCAUCGCCAUCACCGUGAACAUCUAUUUGAUAUUCAAGCUGAGCAUCCUGACCCUAGUCCGCUUCACCGUCUGGAUGACUCUCGGCUUCGUCAUGUACUUCUACUACGGCAUUACGCACAGCAGCCUGGAGCAAACCAGCGAUGAUCUGGAGUUGCACGUCGACAAGGACUACAGCAAAAACGUCGAGGAAAAGGCUGUUUGGGAUCAGCAGUCAUACAACCAGACCCAUGAGCCUGUUUGGGCCAGCAAGGAAGUCAAGCAACCAUCCUCAAAACAACGCUAUAACUACGGGAAGUCCUCGUCAUCCUCGACCCAGGGCAGCUCGAAGAGCGGCCAUAGUGGCAGUGGAUCCACGACGAAACCACCGGGCAAAAGUUCCGUUGGCGGUGGACCUCCGCGACCCGUACCACCGCCACCGCCAGCCACCGGGGGAGGUCAGGGCAGAGGUCCGCCGAUGGAGCGUCAGUAUACCGGGCAGUUCAGCAUGUUUGUGGACGAGGGUCAGUUCCCGACGUGGGACGAUUAAGCGGCAUCCAAUUACCCGAUCUCAAGCCACAAAGACAAUUUCCAAAUCCAAUUCGUUUCACCAUUCCGUGUAUUCCCGAUUGAUUCCCGAGCUAGAAGGCUCCAAGGCACGAGAAGGAUAUCCGAAGAGGAGCAGCUCACUCACUUGUAAAUAAGAUUAGCGAUGUUAAGUUUAAAGGGUAUGGCAAAGUGUAACGCCACCGAUUCCAUAUAUAUACAAGGCGUACAGAUGUACGGAGAUGGGCGGAGUAGCCACUGUUCACCGUUCACCGUUCACUGUUCACGGCCCUCCGUUCCGUUCCGUUGCGUCCUGUCGAGGUCACCAAAGUACACCUAUACCAUAUACAAACAUAUAUACAUAUACAUAGAUAUAUACAUAUAUAAAAAUUGAUUAUACAAGCGAAUAUAUAUAUACACAAAUAGCGACGGGUUAUUAGUUCAGCAAAGAGUUACAAGUGCAAAGAUAACAAUUCCAUUUAUCCUCGAUCCAGCGAUAGAUCUAGGCGAUAACAGAAGCUAUCAGUGUGCCCAACGUCGAUUGACAAGCGUUUUGGGUGACGCUGGUCAAACGGGAUUCGGCACAGAAACCAGGAGAGCAGGAUACACCGCCAUAUUUUUGACAGACGGGGCGACAGAGCUGGCGAACAAAAUAGUUAUAUAAUAUAUAAAAAUAACUGUGCACAACUGUACAUUUUAGGCACUACCACUCCUCCCACAAUCACACACACUCUUAAAAACGAAAUCCCGAUCCUGCGAGGAGAUCCACGAGUCAGCGCCAAGGAAAUGACUUUUCCUAACCCAAAAGAUAGAUAUAUGUAAUUUUCCAUAUAUAUAGCCCUUGGAUGUCUGAGGAACUCUGAGCAAUCUCAGGAUUGACAGGACCCCCACACACACACACACACUCACAAACCCAGACACAAGGAGAGAAAUCCGAACAUAAAAAUUAUGUAUUUAUGAUUCUAUUGUUGUUUCUAUAUAUAUUUACGCUAUGCAUUUUGUACGACGUGUCAGCACAGUACAGACGUCCGUCUCAGCGAAUCUAUCCAAAGUGUUAUUUGUUUUUGAUCUCCUAGAGGCUCGCGCUAAACUAAAACUCAUUUUUAAGCGGCAUUUCGCAUUUCGCAUUCGUUGUAAUACAAUAAUUCAUUUUACUUAACGAAUUACCAAGCAAAAAUUAUAUGAAUACGCAUAUAUAUUUAUGAAAAUUACCAUAUUAACAAUUACCAAAAAGGAAUACCAAAAAUAUUUACUUAUCGAACUAUUCAACUUAAACAAAAAAACAAAAAAGAAAAAGAAUAUAUAAAUGAAAGCAAGCAUAACUACCAAAGAAUAUGUAUAAACACAAGUGAAAAACUAAAACAAAAAGGAGACGAUAUGGUAAAGACCAGCAUACUUUUUUCCACUUUAUAUACUAUGUACAAGCAAACAUGCAAAACUAAUCUAUUUUUAACCAAAUUACAAGUAUAUGGCAAGUUUAAAGCAAAAUCAACAACAUUUUUAAGAAUAAUACUUCUGAUAAUUUAUUCGUUUUGUAACUUCACUACGACUUUGUACAUACACUCGAAACAAUCCUUGUACACUCGAAACACGAACCGAUAUUCUUAUAUACUCUACCAUAUUGAAAAAAAAACUGAACCACAACAGAGACAAAAACUAUUUAUAUACAAAACUAUUGUCUAAGCUAUUUCGAUACUUUGAUUUCCCUACGUUUCUACGAUCUUUAUUCUUAUGCUUAAUUUUAAUUCAAACCAUUUCGAGUGCCAAAUUGUUGCACAAAAGCACUCCUUAAGCCAUUAACAGAAAUUAGCUGAAAACCAGAAAACCAAACCAACUGAAAACUGAAAAUCUCAAUCACUCAAGAUCCUGGUUUUCAAAGAGAGGAGCUUUCCGGACCAACUACUUAAGAUAUAUAGACGCCACCCAACUGGUCCCGCACUAUGUAACUACCUUUUAUGGAGUUUUAACCUUGUUUACCACAAACACCAAACCGAAACGCGAAAUACAAUUUGUACAUACACCUCACAGUAUCUCUUAAAGCAAAUCAGUGAAGAACAGUCAGUGCAAAUGUAUAUUUUUAUGAAAAAGGCACAGUAAACAAGCAAACAACAAACAAACAAGCAACUAAAUGAAACAAAACUCAGAAGCAAAGCAACAAAACUAAAGAAUAACAUAUCCUACCACACAGCUUAAAGUUGAAAUAUACAUAGAUCUAACCGAAACCUGUCGGGCCCAGUUCAGUCGAUAGUUUCGAUAUACGAUUAUCUGCCAUCCAAUCCAAAAUGGAUUUUUUUCCAUUUUUUUUAUCUGUUUUUUUUUUUGGGUCAAACUCUUGAAUUUUAAACGAAAUAUUUAUUGUUUUUUUUUUUGUGGCAGUAAUUGCGAAACCGAAACUGUCCGCUGAGGGGGCUUUCGGGUCGGUAGUUCCAUAUAUCCAUACUUCUAUACUAUGGAUAACAAUAGGUACAGGCAAUCCUCCAGUAACUGCGGGCUGCAAACGCUUGCUCUUCCACCUUUCGGUUAUUUCCGGUACCACCAACUUAAGAAAUAAAUAACAAAAACUGUUAUGGGAAUAUGAUAGUUGUAAUGGAUUUUCUACAGUUCCAAUUUAAAGUGAAAAAGAAACUAUUAACAUUAAAAUAAACACUAUAUAUCGAUAAAUGUGAAGAGGGCAAGAGAAAAAGAACAAGAACAAAACCCAAAAAGCUUCCGUUACAAAACGUAUGCAUUUUACUAAAAAACAUUGUUUUAACUUCAAAAUCUCUUUUCGAAUAAUCUCUCGAACGGAAACUAAAAACAGGGAACAUUUAAUCUACCGUCUAUGCUCACUGCAAGCCCCACUUGUAACCUAUACUCGUUAAACGUCAACUGAAAGCGGGCCGAGAAUCAGCUAUAGAAGCAAUAGUUACCAAAAUCCAAACCGGAAGUGGCGAGUAUCCCCAAUAAAGAACAAGCAAAAACAAUAAAAUAGAACAAGCCAUAUAUGAAACUUAUGUAGAUUAAUAGAGAAUUAUAUUUCCGAAACCAAACCAAACAGUUUACUGAUUUUUCUGAAGAGCCAAGCCUAAAAAGUCUUAAACACAAGAAACUCACAUUAAAACAAAAAGCAUUUUAGUUAUUGGAAGUACAUUAGUGAAUUGUUUAUUUGGUUGAUUGAUCAAUUGAUUUGACAGCUGAAUAUAAUGUACCUAAGUUUUUGUUUAUUUCAUAAGACUGAAUUACUGGAAUAUGAUUUAUUUAAACGUGUAUAUAAUUAAGGUGUAAUAGCAAACUUUACAACUUUUACUAAUGAAGCAUCAAAAUUUUUGAAAUUAUUCUGUACUCAUUUAUCUAAACAAAAUGAACAAAAAAAUGCAAAAAACAACAAAAAAAACGAAAAGCUAUGUGAAAGAUUAAGGAAAAUACGUGAUGAUUGAGAAGGAGGCGUGAAAAGUUAAUAUACAACUAUUAAUAUUGUAUUAAUAUAUACGGGAGAGUCCCGUUAUGAUGAUAUAUAUAUAUAUAUACAUAUAUAUAUAUAUUUCAAUGGAUCGAUAAAACAAAAAAGCAAACCAAAGUGGAAUGAAAAUGAUGUUAAACGAUAAGAAAACAUUUUUUAAUUCAAAUACUACUCUUGAUUUGUUUUCUGUGUUAAUAACUUAUUAAAUGAUAUUUCUUGAAAAUAUUAAAAAAAAAAGUAAGAAAA